AUGGUUAGACUCUUCAUAAGUGAUUUAGCUGCAGCUUGCGAAAGCAAAGGUUGUGCUGACUUAGCUUGGGUUUCGUCUCAUGGUGGCAUGUUCUUGACCCUUUUCAUGGUUUUACUAUCUCUUUCCAUCCUUUCUAUGGUUAUAUUUGCUUGUGGUAAGUCGAAUCAUCAUGGUAAGAGUGACGAAGCUAAAACACGAGGUAUUAGAAAUGGUGGUGGUGGUAACAGUACUUUUGUUGGUGGCGUUGUUGUUGGUGGCGAUGUCGUAGGUGAUGGUGGUUGUGGUGGCGGUGGUUGUUGUGGCAGUGCCGGUGGCUAUUGUGGUGGUUGUUGUGGUGGUGGAUGUGGUGGUGGUGGAUGUGGUGGUGGAUGA